AGUAUCUUCCAUUUACCAGCUUUAAAACAACAUUGUUCCCCCUUUUCAUGAGCAAAAUGGCAAAUUCUAUGCAGACGUUGUGCAUUUCCUUCUUACUAGUCCUCAUCCAGCGGACACAACAAACAGUUUUUUUAUCUAGUGAAAAAGCUAACCAAGUAAUACAAAGAACCAAGAGGGCUAACUACAUCCUUUUAGAGGAAAUUUGGCAAGGAAAUUUAGAACAAGAAUGUCUAGAAGAAAUAUGCACAUAUGAGGAGGCGAGAGAAAUAUUUGAGGACAUAGAUAAAACCCAAACAUUUUGGAAAUCUUAUCAUGAAGGCAGACCAUGUUCCUCCAGCCCAUGUAAGAACGAAGCCGUGUGCACAGAUUUCAUUCGACGCUACACCUGCACUUGCGCUGAAGGUUACACAGGAAAGGACUGUCAAUUUGCAUCCAAUGAAUGCUAUCCUGACGCAGAAGAUGGAUGUCAGCACUUCUGUGAACCUAACCAUGAACUUGACUUCUAUACUUGUUCUUGUGCAUCUAGCUAUUCACUUGGGGAUGAUGAAAAGUCGUGUCACCCGACAGGUCCCUAUGCUUGUGGACAAUUGCUGUACAAUGAGAAUAGUUCAUUGCUGGGAAUCCAGGACAACUACACCAAUUCCUUCCCCUGGCAGGUACUUCUAUUAAAUUCAGAUGGGAAGCCUUACUGUAGCGGAGUCAUACUCAACCAGUUUUUGGUACUCACAACUGUAAAGUGCAGCAAUCAGGAGGGUCCAAUUUUUAUUCUUGUGGGACAUAAUGACACUCAGAACAUGCAGAAGAUCAAGGUCGCAAGUCAUCGUAUCCACACAGGACAUUCCAAUAAUGCCGAAGACCAUAACAUUGCUUUGCUUAAACUUGAAGAAGGUAUUAAGUUCCACAAACAUAUUCUACCCAUCUGCAUUCCCCAGAAAGACUUUGCUGAGAACGUUCUGAUUGCACAUGCCCCAGGUAUGGUGAGUGGCUGGACUCUAGGCUCGGAUGACAUGGAAAUGGUGCCUAUUCAGUUUGCUGUAACAGAGACUGACAAACAAACUUGUGAAACUGCUUUUAAUGUAACACAAUCGAAACGAAAUUUCUGUGGAAGAUCGAACAGGAAGAUAGACUCUGCACUGGCGGAUGGAAGCCAUGUUGCCAUUAAACACAAGGGUACAUGGUUCUUGACUGGGAUCAUGGGAUCAAUCAAUAAUGAAUUAUGGAACCCAAAUGUGUUUACAUUUACCAGAAUAUCUAGAUAUAUCAUGUGGUUAAAGGAGAACAGUAGCUAAUCUAUAACUCUGUUAAUGAUACAGCUAUAUAUGUUUUUAGAUCAUGUUUAAAAGGGGUUAUCCCAUGAUUAAUGUAAAGAAAAAAAUAAAGAAAAAUCAGACAUCAUAAAGUACAUGACAAUCUCUUUCUAAAAGAGCUAGAUCCAUCAAGAGAUCUCCCCAGUAUUUCUGUACUUUUUGCUGUUCUGUCCCAGUAACAGCUUCUAACAGCUGAAGUGAGCAUGUGCAUCCACCUCGGCAAUGAGACAGGUGGAUUAAGAGACAAAGAAAAGAGCAAACAGCAGGUGGCGCUAUACAGAUACAUUUUAUUGAAUAACUCAGUAGCUUUACUAAAUUCUUGCAAAUUACAUGCAAUAACAAAAGUAUUCAGAUCCAGGUGCUGGUGUGAAAACUGUUGAAUAUGUUCAUGGGACAGUCCCUUUAAGUUGUGUAUUUCUUUAUAGAAGACCAUUUUAAAAUUUAAAUUCAUGUUUAUUACAGAGAAAUGACAUGUAAACAAGAGGGUUGGGGAAGAAAAGGCCAUGAGGAAUUUAAAUAAAUGCAAUUUUCUAACAAAA